AAUUGACGACCGUACAGUAAGCUGUCAAAAGCUUGUUGCUUAAAUCUGUGCAGCUCUCCAAAGUAAAUAAGAAAUGACGUCGUCGGACGAGCUUUAAUUUUAAUGAAGGCGAAGCGAAUGAAAGGGGUUAUUGACGGGACAUCUUUGGGGACGACUGACAUCGUGUUUUCGCUUAGUUCAGGUGCCGUGUCAUCCGCCGUAGCUGCUGCGUGACACCGAAACCUGCCCGUUCCUGGUGAUGGUGAGGUCACAAACAGAAGUGCCUUUGAGAAGACAACCUGAAGUUGGACCAUGAUCGGAGUUGGCUUGUGCUCUCUUUAAUGUCAUACUCAAGUACCAACAUAAGUAACCUCAGCUGCAAGGCGGUUUGCACACAUCCAGCACCAAAGACAUUGAACUCGAGCCAUAAUACCAGAGGAAAAGAAGGAGGAGAAUGACCUGAGAAUGUUUCACUGAAGUGACAAGUCUGUGUUUUGUAGCUUGUUUGAUGCCUAUGGACAUUCUCAGUUCAGGAAUAUACAUUAUCGCAGAGAAUAGACACAUCUGCUGCUGUUUCUGCCUGAAGGAAGACUUCUCAGUGAUCGGCCAACUAUCUCAUCAUUCUGCUUCAGCUGAUGGAGGAGCCAUCAGUUUGUUUAUAAAGAGGAUAGGGUUACACUUGGAGCUAAAUGCUUGAUUAUUCUGCUGCUUUUGGGGUGUAAUUAGACAAUAAGGUUGACAUUUCGCAUUCUUUGUGUGCUAAAAACACUUUGGCAAUGGCGCUGAAUAUGUCCUCGGUAAGAGACACUAAAUGGCUGACUUUGGAAGUCUGUCGCCAGUUUCAGCGUGGAAACUGUUCACGCAGCGAUGAGGAAUGCAAAUUUGCACACCCGCCGAAGAGCUGCCAGGUCGAGAACGGGAGAGUUAUAGCCUGCUUUGACUCGCUGAAGGGCCGUUGCUCCAGAGAAAACUGCAAGUAUCUCCAUCCACCUUCGCACUUAAAAACUCAGUUAGAGAUUAAUGGGCGCAACAAUCUCAUCCAGCAGAAGACAGCAGCCGCUGUGCUCGCCCAGCAGAUGCAGCUCAUGAUCCCCGGACCCAGUCUGCAACCUGUGCAGACAUUUCCUAUUACGCAGGGACUUGGCACUAAUUCUGGCCUGGGUUAUGGUUCAUACAUCACACCACUGAGCCAUGGAAUGGGCCUCAUUCCCUCAGACAUCCUCUCCAGCACCCCGGUUCUUGUUCCAGGCAGCCCAGCUGUCUCGGCCCAGUGCUCCUCCUCCUCUUCAUCCUCUUCUUCUUCUCCCUCACAGAAGCUUCAGCGUACAGACAAAUUAGAGGUGUGUCGUGAGUUUCAGAGGGGAAACUGUGCAAGAGGGGAGACAGAUUGCCGCUUUGCUCACCCCAGUGACAGCCCAAUGAUUGAUGCCACUGAUAACACCGUCACUGUUUGCAUGGACUACAUCAAGAGCCGCUGCUCCAGGGAGAAGUGCAAGUAUUUUCACCCGCCUGCGCACUUGCAGGCCAAAAUUAAAUCCAGUCAACAACAAGUCAAUCAGACGGGUAUGGCAGCCCAAGCCACCGCUUCAGCUUUGGCAUUUUCAGCAAAACAUGUCUCAUUCUAUGAAGACCUCAGACAAUUAAAGACUCAGUCGACUGCCAAAGCAAUGAAGCGACCCCUCGAGGCGACUGUAGACCUGGGCUUCCCACAGAGCGUUCUUCAACCCCUUCCAAAGAGACAAGCUCUGGAGAAGAGCGGCUGGCCCAGCUCUCUCUUCACCCCCAGUUUAUUGCACUACCAACAAGCUUUGGCGAACACACAACUGCAGCAGCAGACCGCAGCGUUUUAUCCCACAGGUUCUCUCUUGUGCAUGGCUCCUAACAGUGUUGUCCCCAUGAUGUACAGUGCUACGCCUGCUACUGUCUCUGCAGCAACUACUCCCGCCACAAGUGUCCCCUACGCAGCAACAGCACCAGCCAAUCAGAUCAUCCUCAAGUAACCGUCAGAAACAGAAGUCAGAACCCUGUCGCUGCUGGCAAAGGUCCCGAAAAGCUUCUCUGUAAAUACUCUAUUAACAUCACACCCAACAUAAAAGCCGCAUGCUGAUGACAUCACUAAUGAAAAGCCUGUAGACAUUAAUUUCCUACAUUAUGAUAAAUUACACUCAGUGGCUCUGUGAUGAGGAUUGCAUUGUCUUAAAGUAUCGCAGAAGUUUGUUGUAUGCACUUUACACCUGCAUCUGUAAUGUACGUAACAUGUGCACCAACCUGCUCUGAUGAAGUCAGGAAUUAAGGCAUUGUGUCUGUUAUUCACCUACUGCUCCAGUGCCUCUCCAAUAAAUGAGGCAUUUAUGAACAAAUGGAACCAGAAGCCUCUUUCGGGAAGCAGGCCAACAGUCCUGAUGCAGUAACAGCACCGUAAUACUAACCAAUCUGGAAAACCGCAGACAUAUUGCUCUUUAACUAUUUUAAAUUAUGUAAAUAUCUAAAUUGGAAAAGAUGGCUGAUCUAAUCUGACAUCAGCUUUUGUUGUGUGGGCAGUAACGUUUUAAUGUCGGGUAUUAAAGGGUCUUAUAUUGGCGAUUGUUACCAUUUUAUCAUGAUUAAUUAGAUUUUUUUUUCUGCCCCCACCCCUUCUUGAAUGUGCUAUUUAAACUAAGAACAUUUUGUUUGUUCAUGUCUGUCCAUCUAGUGCCAGAUUUAAUUAUUUUAAACUCACCAGAGAAAGCACUUAUUGAAACGUUAAACUUAGUAUUUUAUUAUUGUCGGAUUUAGUUUGACAGCAUGUUGGACAUCCCUUUAAAAUGCUCAGAGAUCAGCCCAUCUCUCCACUCGUCCUGUUAUCCCCAGAGAGCUGGACGAGUGCUCCACCUCCUGGUGUGCCUUUGCAUUGCAUUACAGAGAAAAUGCUGUAUGAUCCAUCUGAUGCAGAUAUAUACCUUUUUUAGAUAACUCCUUAUUUUCAAAAUGCAUUUCCUGUUCUUGGUCAUCAUGAAAGCACUCUGUACGCAGUUUUAACUUGUUCAUAUUCAUAUAUGGUAUAGUAAACCAUGUGUAUGUGACAAGUCACUGCAGACAUGACAGAUAACUCACUUAAAGGUAGUGGAAUUACUAAAGUGUUGUGACCAUGUAAAGGUGGAUUCAUGUGUGAACUUAAUGUUGCCAUCAGUCUCCAGAACUGUAGGCCUACUAUUUGAAUGUUGCAAGUGCCUAAAGAAUAGUACAUGCAAAGACAUCUAGGUGUAUUUAAAAGGUUUGUCUAAAAAUCACUUAAUGAAAUCUACUUAAUUCACAGAAAUAAAUGUACAUGUUCUGCAAUGCCAUGACAGUGCAUUAGUAUUUUGUGAUCAAUGUAGUCUCAUAUUUUUUUUUUUCUUUCAAGGAUGUUAAAAUCUGUAUGUGUGUGUGUGUAUACUGUGCAUAAAAGUUACUAUCCUGUUAAUUUCUCAGAUGAUAAAGUAGUUUACAAAAAGUUAAAAUACUCUCAGUGACAUAGUUGAGCUAAAACAUUUUGGUAAAAUUAAGUUGUGUAUGUUUCUUGACACAGUAUAUUAUAUAUAUAUAUAUAUAUAUAUAUAUAUAUAUAUAUAUAUAUAUAUAUAUAUAUAUAUAUAUAUAUAUAUAUAUAUUAAAAGUCACCUUUCUUUCAAAUUAAUACCAGACAGAAUGAGACAUGUGUCUGUAAAAGAGAAUGAUUAUUCUGUAAUAUAUAAUGUUUUCUUCUAAAUGUAGUUCCCUAAAGUUUUAGUUCCGUAUUUUGCAAACAAUGUGUAAGAAUAUCACUUCAGUGUUAUCUUCACUGCAUUUGUUCACUUUUUCAUCGUGGAUUAUCCUUGUGAAUUGCUUUACACUUUAUCAGUAGAAUAUUAACGAGUACACUUGCAUAUUUUACCUAGUUUGGAACACUUUGAAAAUGUAUCCUCUUAUAUUUGAAGAUGAAUGUAAUUUAUUGAUCUAACGUUAGCUCUGCUAAGUUCCUCAAAGGACCUUGAUCUUCUGGUGUCAGCCUAUGAAAACCUGUUUCAUUUCCAGGGACUGAAUGUUGCAGAAAGGAGAAGCUGAAAGCGUUUUAACUUUGUCACUGCCUUGUCAACCCGUGAGAGAAACGACGAACCCUUGUGUGAGCAGGGACGUCGAAUCGUUUGCUAUGAAGAGAAGUGCAUUAUAAAGACCACAUUACAUAACAUUUAGUCAUAUAAUGGGGUUUAAUUAGCUGCUGAGGUCAACAGAGGUUUCAGUGAUUUAAAAAUUGCAUCUUUGUAGGUCAUAUUGUUGGCGCUUAUGACUGCAGUAUAUAGUCCAGUAUUUGACUUUAUUGUUCUUCGUACACAACAACAGUAAUUACACAUCGGUUGAGGUUAACCAUCAGCUCAGCAGCUGUUUAAACUUUUGUUGGGUUUCAAAAUAUGCUAGCUUUAAUGUUUAGUUUAUUAGUAGCUAUAUUCUCUUUUUUUUUCUUAUUUAUUUUAACUGCAUUUUAAGGCAUAUUUGUGAACGUCUGUGUGUUAUGGUGAUUUAUUAUUUCUUAUCCUUUGGUUAGAAAGAUAGGGUCAUGAAAAAGUUGGGUCUGGCUCACCGAUGGAAGCAUUUCUCUCCAGCACUUUCUCAACAGUCAGACGACUGCAAAGACAUGCUUUUUUUUUUCUUCUUUUUUUGUGAACUCUGCCUUAUCUUUGAUUCUUUGAUCUAUUCCUAAAUCUGUAUAUGUUGAGGAAUUGUGAAUUCACCAUUGUUUAACGGAGAACAAAAAGUCAGUUAGGUUUUCUCUUCAGGGCUGAAUGACUUAAAAGUUUGAGGCCGUGCUUUUGGAUUGUGUUAUAAACCCCAACAACAUGCUGACAGGCUUUACGUUAACAGGACGUUUGUGUGUGUGAUCAGGUUGCAGACGAUGAAACUGCCACGCAGGAGCCAUAAGUUUCCAUCCUGGCAUGAAUUCCCAAUUUUUCUAAAGAAUAUUUGUGCAUAAUUAAGCAAUUUCAUGUGGACAGUUUUGUUCAUGUAAAUUCUAAAUUGUGUAAAAUUUGAUUUAAUACAAAUAAAUACAUGUCAUGAUAAUGCAA